AUGCCGAAGAAAGCAAAGAAAGGAGGUAAAGGUGGAGGAAAGAUGGAGGAGGAGAGACGGUUGUACCUGCAGCAGAGAGCUCAGGCUGAGGAGGAGAUGGCCAAGAAGAGAGAGGAGACCCUCACGCUGUUCCUGAAGGACAAGCUGCAGAAGGAGGAGAGGAACACCGCGGUGAACUUGCAGAAGCUGAACGAGGGCUGGAGGUCGAUCCUCCGUCAGACCCGAGGCACCGAGCUGCACGAAGAGAUCGUGGAGCUCAGCCAGAAGUUUGAGACGGACCUGGAAGGCCUGGACAGCAUCGUCAAGAGCCUGGAACGUGACCUGCAGGGGGCGGAGCGCCAGUUGGCUCAGGUGCGGCGCGUUCACCUGCAGCGUGUGGAGCGUCUGUGGGCCCUGCAGGACAAACGGCUGAUGUUUGUGCAGCAGCAGUGGGAGAACAGCCUGCAGCACCUGAGCACCAGGUUCAUCUCUGAGAGGAAGCAGAAGUUGGCAGACUCUCAGCAGCCGCGAGCUUAUCUGGAGGGCGCGACACUGGAGCCGACUGUGGAGCAAAGAUACAAAGAAGUGACGGAUGAAAUUGACGGACUGUACAGUGAAGGCAUCACAGACUACAAGAGCAGUACUGACCAGAGGGAGCUGGAGGAGACCCCCCAGGGGCACGAGGACGACGAGAUGGUCGACGGGACGUCCGCAGAGCGCUCGAUUCAAAUGACCAACGCACACAUGAAGAAGGUGGAGAGGCUGCAGGAUACUGUCGCUCAGCUGAGGAAGAAGCUCAACUCCAGCAAGACAAAGAACCGGUCGGUGGAAGAGGAUCUGACAGCCGCCAGUAACCAGGUGAAGCAGAAGACUCUGAAGCUUCAGAAGCAGCUGACUCAGAAUCAGACGGCGGUGAGGAAGCAGCUCACCGACCUCAGCGUCCACAGCGACACCGCCGCCAAAAAACUGCGAGCCGUUAUCGCCAAGAGCCAGAGGGUUCUACGUGUCGCUGACAUGUGUCGCAAGCUGGAGAACGAGCAGAACACGUUAUUCCCCCCAGAGGAACGCUCACCAGAGGGAACUGGACCUGAGACAGAGGAACCAGCAGAGGUGGGUUUUGAGGUCCAGGGGGUCGCAGUGUUUCCGGAGCUUCAGCAGGUGUCCCGGUCCAUCAGCGCCGCCGUGCUGCAGCGAGAAGCUCUGAAGAAACACAGAGACGAUCUGAGCCGAGAGAACCGGCAGCUGAAGCUCCAGCUGCGGCGCCACCAGGACGACAUGGCGGUCAGCGGCGGACGCCUCGGACGGACGCCGGACCCGGCCCCGCCGGGCCCCGCCGGACACCAUCAGGAGCCGCCGGUCAUCGAAGCUGUUCACGCUGUUCAACACUCUCUGUAGGACUGCAGCUGGAGU